UUUAUCACUCUGACUCCAGCCAAGCUAGAACAAGGAAGUUCUCACUCUCUGCUCGCUCUUUCCUUUCCACUUUUCUCGCCAAAAUCAUCCUACUUUUGUUUCUGGGUGAAACCCCAAGAAUAAUUUUUAAAAUUGUGAAAAAAUGUUGGGAACUUGUUGUUUCGGAUGCUGCACGGUGGGACAGGGAACCCUCAUCAUUGGAAUUAUUCAUAUCAUCGGGACCAUUUUCUCCGUGAUUAUGAAUUCCAUUGGAGUCAAUUUGAUGAUCAACUAUCCUGACGAAAUCAAGGAUCCCGACUUCCAUCAAGAUCCCCGUCGCUACAUCACCAUCGGUUGUAUCCAGAUCUUCGUGGCUAUCGUGUACUUGAUCUUUUCCUGCCUCAUGGUGCAUGGAUAUCGAAUGCGAAAUCACCGCUUCAUCAUGCCAUGGCUGAUCUGGAAUUAUGUGUCGCUUUGCAUCGGUGCUGCCGCAACUGUGAUCCUGUUUUUACUGAUCGCCGUGGUUGGACAAGUCGGUGCGGGAUUUGUUGUACUCGCUAUUGGUGGGCUCUACCUGGCAUUAGAGACCUACUUUGUCUUCGUGGUGAAAAGAUUCGUCGACGAGUUGAAGGGAAGCGUAUUUUAUUGAAGUUUGGGACACAUAUAAUACAUACUACUAUAAUAUGUUUAUACUUUUAUAAAUAUUUGUGUGUACUUUGAGUCGGCGUUAGAGGACAUGUUCAUUGAAAAAAUGUUAAUUAUCUUUCAAGCUUUUGAAUAAAAAAUAUUAUCUUUCAAGGUUUCCAAUAUUCAAGCAGUUAUCAGGUUAACCCGUUAGGGACCAACUACACAUAUUUGUGUAGUUUUUUGCUUUCCCUUGGGGACCAAGUACACAAAUAUGUGUACUUUUUUGCUUUCCGUUAAGGACCAAGUACACACAUUUGUGUACUAUUUUGUAGUUAUGUUGGGGACCAACUACACAUAUUUGUGUAGUUUUUUUCUUUCCGUAGAGGACCAAGUACACAUAUUUGUGUACUAUUUCCCCGUUACGUUGGGGACCAACUACACACAUUUGUGUACUGCGGAAAAAUU